AAAACCGAGAAACAAAGCAGACGGUGGCGAAAUAAUCCCAUCCGCAGGCUGGAUCAAGGAUCGAGACCUGUCACAAGGACUGCCGACUUUAGGCAGGAAUUUAAUUCGCAUCAUCGCGAUCAUUCCUCAGGUCUAUGUUUCUUGCCCGCGGAAUCAUUAAGCCAUCCCGGCUCAGAAUCCCCCAUAACAGCUUCUGUCGCCGUAGGGACAGAUCAAGUUCGGCGAUACUCCCCUACAAGGGAUCUGUUAGAUCGCGAAGCAUCUCACCAAACCAGUCACUAUCUUGGAUACAACACAAGAACGCUACGUUUCACGGCGGGAUCUCAGACCGACGAAUGUUACAGUCCGAUAUUAGUCAAAGAAAUCUUGGUUGACACCGCAAACCACGCCCCAAUCUACUCAGACAAAGGGCCACACUCGCUUCCCCAACCUCUCCUACCGCCUCUGCCGUGGAGCCAGUCUCACGUCUUUGGGCAGUCUUCCAGCAAGCCUGACCAACAGGAAGAGGAUUUUCCUCAUUGGACUGUGGAGUCAUCGCAGCAUUAUUGGAAUUUCGAUUCUCAGCAAGACAUUGCGCAUCCAGCAUCAGAUAAACUUCUCCAAGCUGAGAUAGCUCCAUUGGUCAAUCCUGUGAACGCACAGUCGGUUCUGUUAUCUGGCAAUCACGUUGCCGGGCACAGAGGCUCAAUAUUUGAUGAUUACCCAGCUGAGAAUCCUUCUGCACAACCUCGACAGCAGCACGGUUCUGCAGGCCGAUUGGAACCUCGCGCUAAUUUGCCUGCUCCAAGGAGUAUCUUAUCAUCAUUGGAGACCUACAACUACCCUACUGGUGCCUGUAACGACCAGUCAACUACUGCUCCAAUAGAUCAGGCUGUAUUCCCCCAGAAUGCAAGCUCAGAAGCCUAUAAUCAACCCUUUGGACACGCGGAUUAUCGUCAGAACCCAGUGCAGCAGCCCCAAGAACAAUAUUGGUCCUCAUCCUCAAGUGCAAUAAUACUCCCCCAUCCUACACGAACAGGGCGGAGAGCUCGUGACUCUUCACCGAGUAAAUUUUCACAUUAUCCCCUCAAUCAGACAAAUCAGACAGCCCCGGCGGCCAUGGGAGGAGGGUCAGGUGACCCCUGGAUCGAAGUGCCUGUGUGCUCGCAGCCUUACGAGGAGAGCCAUUAUGCUUCCUCUCGACCAGGUGCUCAAUAUAUGUCUGGCGAUGGCUAUCAGGAUUUUAUGCUUUUGUCCAUGGAUGAUUUGACAUCCCCCAUUGGCACAAGGACUGGUAUCGUGAUGAAGCAGCCAUACGGUUCGACACCAUGGAGAACUGAGAAGCGUACCAGCAAGAACAGGACCCAAUGCCAUAAAGUUAACGCCGCGUCUAAAAAGACGACGCGAUCAACGGACUGUCUUCAUUACAAUCUCAAGGAUCUCCAACUUGCUAGACAGGGGAGUCUCAACCUCACCUCACGGUGGUCAGGAACCAAGAUGCACGACGUCGACUGCCUAGCUGAUAGCUCCAUCCGGACUGUAGAGUUUAAGAUAUUCUACACGCACGAUCCAAAUCUCCCCGAGUUCUACGACGUGCCUGUUCGACUCGAAGUGCGCAGGUUCUUACCGAAAGAAGGCGACGUUCUAGACAGAAAGUGGACUUGGAAUGGCCAUGGUAUGGUGACGCGACUGGCUCCUUUUGCACUGCACAGCAUUCAUGCAACAGCCACGGCAAUCUCGAAAUAUAUUGAAGAGAAUGCGUUCAGAGCCAUGACGGCUUCUGUUGCUGGCUGCGAUCCCAUCAUACGGGAUACCUACACCAUGGCUAUUCAUCACUGGUACACGUUAAAUCAGUCGGGGAACGAUACUAGGGCGGCGGAGCACAGGUUCCUGAGCAGAUUGUUCAAGGUGUGGUUUGCUAUGAGACUCACAACGGGGUCGGCCUAUCUCUCAGGCGAUGAUAAGCUAGACAUGGAACCAGAGUCACGACCCGGAUAUCCCCUUGGCGACCGAAUUUCCCUUCCGCGGAUGGUGACGGCUCAAAUAGACAGUAUUCUGACGACCAAGGUCAUUCAAGACCAGACAUCAAAGUUGAAAAAGGAGAUUAACGAUCUUUUCAAGAGCAACAACCCCCAGUACUGGUUCACACUGUACGUAGCGACUUUCAUCCUUCUGCACGAGAUUUCGGUGGCUACUCAGGACCGCGGACGCUAUGCCCGACAAAACCAACUGCCUACACGGUUCUCUUUGCCUUCUCUGGUAUCUGCUCAGCACAGAAGCGCAACCUCUCUUCUGGCACACUGGCACUACUUCAAAUCAGGCAGAGACCCUCGUAACACAGAGAUGCAUGACACAGAAAGGACACCAAUGAGAUAUCUAAGCCAGGAACAGAAGCAUUUCAUCUGGCGGUGGUGGCGUUGGAUGACAGAUCCAGCGAUUAUGCAAGAAAACUGCCCGGACGACCCUCGUGAGCAAGAUAGGCGACUAGAGGACCCGCUUUAUUUUGUCUCGCAGAUGUUUAUAGAACGUUGGUCAGCCAGAGCCGUGUUCCUAGGCUAA